CUGCUCGUGAAGCUUUACCCUGCAAGUGAGGAGUGGGGGUCUCGAACCCUAGUCCUCGCGCUCAACUCGAUGGCCACUGCCCCACCCUCGCUUUUUCUUGCCACGUUCUGAGCACAUAUGGGAGAGCAUGUAGCCCUUACUUUACACAUAAAGCCACAGAAGCUCGGUCACCCGGGCAGAUCUUCGCCUGGAGGGAGAGUCACAGAGGGGCCUGGGGGCGGAGGGGGCGAUGGACGGGGCGCUGCGCGCGUGCACAGCACGGCAGGGUGGCCUGGGCGGCGGGUGGGCGCUUUUCGGUUGGUCAGUUCUGUUCCGGAUCCCCCAUGAGAAGGCGCCUGAGAGGAAGAGGAAGAGGAGGCAGAGUACAGGAGGCUGGAGCAGAAACUAGAGGAUCAGUGGGUACCUUUGCCGAUCUAUUCCUGAGGUCUUCCUGAAGGCUAGGCUGACACAGUUCCUGAAUCUCUACUCAUGGAGGAAGAACCAGGAAGAAAGAUGACAUCCAAACGUGUGAAUACAUCACUGUUGCCUGAAGAGGAAGCUAAAGAUGACAAAAAGGAAAAGCCAUAUAAGAUAUUUGUCAAAGAUCUAUUCCUUUUCAAGGAAAAUGAGAUGGCAGCAAAGAAAAAGGAGCAACUAAUGAACCGCAGCAUGAAAGUCCACCAGAAGUCGACUUUUUCCUCUCGAAUGAAGAGCCGCUCUCACCUGGGCCAACUAGCAUUCCCAUCUGAACUAGGUGGUAAAAAUUCAUUUGAGAAAUUUGGGCUAGAUCCCACUCUCGUUCUCAGAUUAGCAGAAGGUUCAGACACAAAAAGGACAGUCUAUGAAUUCAUUAAGGACCAGAGAGACAGGUUUAUGCUUGAGUUUUCUCUGUCAACCAAAAGAAAUACGAUUAAAAGAUUUGAAAGACACAUGGCACUGAAGGAAAAGCAGCUGUCAAAAGCAGAAAAAAAGCUCCAAGAAGAUGCAAUGGCUUUUGAAGAGUUCCUUCGAGAAAAUGACCAGAGAUCUGUGGAUGCUCUGAAAAUUGCAGCACAAGAAACUAUAAACAAACUCCAAAUGACAGCAGAGCUAAAGAAAGUGAGUAUGGAAGUACAGGCAGUGAAAAGUGAAAUAGCAAAGACCGAGUUUCUCCUUAGAGAGUACAUGAAAUAUGGAUUUUUUCUGCUGAAGUUGUCUCCAAAACAGUGGCAGUUACAGCAAGCCCUGAAAAAGGCACAAGCGUCCAAGAGUAAAGAAAAUCUGGACAUCGUUCUGCCAAGAAUAUUAAAAACGAGAGAGAGCAGCGAUGAUUUCCAGAGGGCAUCGUCAUCAUCAGAAGAAACUGUCCUGAGCAGAGGGACUGAAGCCAAACAAAACUUCAGAAAGUCUACCUUCUUCCUAAAGAAUAAGAAUUCAGGUUUAUCAAAUCGACCUGAAAGUGUCAGUUCUGAAGACAGCUUUGAAUUCCUUUUAGAUGAUGACAUGGAUUACGAUCUGGAGCCAGAGAUUUAUUUCAAAGAACCAGAAGAGUUACUUCAAGUCUUCACAGAACUGGAAGAGCAAAAUCUUACUUUGGUACAAUAUUCCCAAGAUGUAGAUGAAAAUCUUGAAGAUGUAAAUAAAAGAGAAAAAGUUAUACAGGAUAAAGUAAACGGCAACAUAGAGUUUAUUGUGGAGCAGAAGGAACUGCUCAGGGCGAGCUGUUUGAGAGAAGAAGAGAAAGCUGCAGAACUGGAAUUAAGAUCUAGGCUAUUUAAUUUUGGAGAGUUUAACUCAGAUUCUCAGGAAAAACUGAUAGACUCUCUUAGCAGGAAAAUUAACCAAGUAUACAGAGUCUGCAUUGGAGAUGCUGAGGUUGGGAGCCUCAACCCAGUUCAAAAGCUGGUAAAAGUAGAAUCUCGCCUGGUGGAACUGAGUGAUCUCAUUGAAUCCAUCCCCAGAGAAAACGUGGAGGCAAUUGAGAGGAUAAAGCAGAAAGAACGGCGGCAAAAGAUGCGUGAAGAGAAACUGAAAGAAAAACAAAAACACCAGGAGGAAAGGCUAAAAGCUGCUCUGGAAAGAGCAGUAGCACAACCAAAGAAAAAGAUGGGAAGACGACUUAUCUACCGCUCAAAACCUUCAUCUGCUAAUAAGCAAGAGAUACUUUUAGUCAAGGAUUCAAGAACAAAAACAGAAGAGGAGGGGUAUUUUUUCACUUGAAUAGGAGUAGGUAUAAGACACUUAUUACCAGAAUGAUCUCAACACGUUUUGUAAAUUUCAGUUCUCUGCAGUGGUAAUAUUGUGCCCCAUACUUGACGUAAGCAAUGUGAGGAAGACAGCUCUUAUUAUAGGACUAAAAAUGGGAGUCAUGUUCCUGUUUUGAUUCUAUUACUGUGGCACACUCAUAUCAACAAUGUACAGCACCCAAAUACUUAAAGGGCUUUAGAGGCAUAGAACUUAAAAACACAAGGCUGUUUACAGAGCACAACUGUAAAACUGGUUUCUAAUUCACACUGACUUGUUCGAAAAUGUCAUUGUUAAUAACCAUAUGCCUUUAGAGUAAGAGUCUAUUCACAAUCUCUGCUGUGCCUAUUUCAUACAGUAUUAUUUUAAUUUUUCCAGGUAAUAAUUCAAUUUUAGCUGUAAUAUGUAUAUUAAGAAUAUAUUGAUGCAACAACUA